CCCUCCCCUCCUCCCUCUCUCCGCCUCCCACACCUUUGUCCGCAGACCGGCCGGUCCGUCGGCCCGUCGCAGAGGCGGGCUCAGGACCACACACCUGGGGGAGCAGGCCAACCCCAGUCCGACGGAGCUCUACCUUACAUGCUACCUCGACUGAGGAUGGGGUUUCAUCCAUCACCACCUGUCUCGACACCCCUCUUCGGUCGGCACCCCUGCUGGCGUCGCCUCUGCGCGCGGCAAGAAGAGGGCGGAGGGUUGCGCCGUCUGCCGGCCCCAGGCACCCAUCACCGUGCGGAGUGGCCGGUGUCUCGGCUGCGGCGGGAGGCACGUGGGGUCAACAGUAGACAGACGACGACUGCGGGCCGGUACUGCGAUCCAGAGGAGGAUGUCACUCUAAACAAGCCGUCAGUGUACUGCAGGGCAGCUCCACCCAGUUCCAGUCUGCGCCGCGAGGUGGCAGCCAGGUCGCGGCCGGUCGGGCCGCUGGCGGAGGCACGGGCGCCGCCGCCAGGGUCACGAUCCGACCGUGGCGCUGCGCCUGGCCACCGCGCCGGUGACAGGACCGGUCGUGACGUGGCCGCUGCCAUGCGAGUCGAAAAUAGCGUCGAACUGGCGUCGCUGGCGGCUGGCGCCGGCCGGCCGAGCGGCCGACGGAAGCCCGCCGCUGGCCCGGCGCCCACUCUCUGUUUACACUUCGCGCCGCCCGAAAUAAAUUUCAGCCAAGGAGAGGUGGCGAACGCGGCGGCCGCGCCGGCAGACGCGGCGCGCAACGACGGUGGCGAGUGGUGGCGUGGUACCGUUCAGCGCGCUCCGCACCUGCCGGCGCCGGCGCGCGCCGUCCCGUGUCGCCGCCCGUGGCCGCAGCUCGCCGGUGCCGAGCGACCAGCCGAGCCCGGCUGCCGAGACCGCCAUGCGGUGACGAUGCCGAGACCUCCUGCCGCGCCGGGGGCGCCGGCGGAGGGCGCGGCGGCGCUGCUGCGCAGACGGGAGGCCUUCAGCAAGGGACACAGCGUGUCGCUCGACUCUGCCGACGGCCUGGUGACGGCGGCGGGCGCGGACGCGGCGCCGCCGGCCGGCCGCGCCGCCGCGCACGAGAGCGGCUCGCUGUCGGACACCGAGGAGUCGGCGCCCGACAGUUCCGUGUUCUCUCGUCUCCGGCUGCGCGUCCGCCAGAGCCCGCCACCGCCGCCACCAGCCGCUCACUCCAAGAAAGCUCCCGAGCGGCCCCAGUCGCCCAAGGCCAAGGCACGACGAGUGGACCGACUUCGUGAGUUUACUGAGCGACUAAGGCACACUGAUCUCAAGUGGGGACGGGACGAGCGAGCCACCUCGAUGAGUCCUCCGGAGCGGCCGCCUCUGCCGGCGGCGGUGGCUCCCACCCCGGUCUCGGCAGACAAGCCGCCCAGCCAGCCUCCGCGCCGCCACCGCCGGAAGGCUCGGCCGCCGCGGCCGCCGCCAAUCGGGGAGAACGCGCCCGUGACCGGACUGGCGCCGGCCAAGACGUCACUGUUUAAGACCAACAGCGCCCCGCCGAGUCCCGAUAGUGCCCCGUCGCGAGACCAGUUGAGUGUUCAGCCCGCAGUGUCUCCGUCGAGCGCGCUCAGUGCAGCGAAUGUGACUACGAGCGCGGCUCGGGCCGCAGCGAAUGUGCCACCGAACGCGACAGUGCGCGCGAGCAGUGUGGGCCCGCCCAGCGUGAGCGAUCGCGCCGCGAGUGCCGCUCUAUCAGCGGGUAGGUCGGACGGUGCCCCUGCCGCCACCCCGCUGUCCGCUGGUGCCAAAGAGACGUCCAAAGAGGCGCCCGUUCGGCCGUCGUUUGGGUACUACACCCAGCCGCGUACUAUCCCCUUCAGAAGCGCCUCCUUUUCACGGUCAUCUCACAGUGGUAUAAACAGGACUGCGCGUCCCGGUAGCGCAUCAGCGCUGACCAUCCAGCCGGUCUACUUCAGCAUCAACAAGCCGGCGGGGACGCCGCACACCACCUCACAAACCCUGCCUAAGAAGUUCAAAGCUCAAAACGCUCCGGUGCCCGAGGAAGACGCCUCCCUUGCGCCAAUUAAACCGACACAUGUGCGUCACAAAUCGGACCCGGUGAAAGACUGGGAGCCUCCGUCGACGGAGCAGCAGUCUGAGCCGCCGGUACAGGCCUCCAACCCCCGCGACAGCCUACUGCUGGACGCCCUGCUGAAAGAGAUCAACUCGGACACGUGCUUGCUUGACCGGGAUGACAAACAGACCGCGGCAGCGGCUGCGGAUGAAACGCCAGUGAGCACCAAGUCUGGUGAGGACGGCACGUCUAGUGCCCCAGCUGCGCACGCCGGCUCCGACUCGACGCAGCUGCCGCAGCCAGCCGAGGCCAUCGCUCAAAGCUCCGCUAACGAAACUGACACACCGGCCGAGAACACUGCUGGGAAGUCUGCCAAGCAGACAGCAGAGUGCUCGACGCCGCCGGCCGACGGCAAACAACCACUCUCGAACGAGACAAAGGCGACUGACGACGCGCCACAACCCGUCUCGCCUCCAGCCGCGUGUGACGAGCCACCCGCCGCUGCGGCCGCCGCAGUAAGUGGCAACGCGGCGCCGCCAAACGACCUUAGCCAAUGCAAACAGGCCGAACCGACUGAAAAUAGUGGCGUCGAUCAAGAAGAUAAUGUCGCCCGCAGCGGAGCGAACGCUAGCAGUGACAGCGGCAGCGCGAACAUUACGGCACAACCAGACGUGGGUGGUGAUGCACUUGCCUCUUCUGAUGGGCCAGCGCCGCCGCAGAAAGAAGAACAGGAAGCUGUUAGUAAUGCAGCGACACCAGCCACUCAUGAUUCAGAGACUCAGGCGGAAAGUAGCGGGACCAAGUCCUCGGCAGAUGACGAUGUGCCCCUGCGGCUACGACAGGCUCAUGAGGACGUCCUCAACAUCAACUUGGACCAGUUGGAUGAGGAUGGUGCUGAAGCCAUCAGCCAGGUGCAGGAGAACUUCCGACAGGCCGUGAAGAUGGCCGUUGAGACUCUGCUGAGUGAGGUCAGCGCUGGUGACGAGCAGACUGAACUGACCUCACUGCCUUCCGGCGCUGAUCAUGAGCGUGAAGUAGCUCAUGUGCGAGUUGAGGGAAAGGAGGUCGUAGACGAGUGGACCGGAGCGGAGGACCUGACCACCACGGUCACCUCUGUGCGGAAGGAGCAGCGUCAGGCUGACCAGACGCUGCCUCCGCUGCUGGAACUGGAAGGAAAAGCCGCCGGGAUCAGCCAGCACGGUGACACUACUGAGCGUCGCCAGGUGCGGCCACGACGCUUCAAGUCCAAGAGUCUUUCUCCUGUGCCGUUCCGAGUUGCCGAGGAACAGUUACCGCAGCUGGUAGAGGAAGCCGCUGAGCCUGAGACUCUACAGCGACCGGCAGCGUCCCGAGCCAAGUCGCGGAGUCUUGAGCACAAACAGCGCAGCUUUGAUUUGCUGGACCGGCCGCCGCGGGAGCGUAAGCGCAACCAGAAGCGGAAGGAGAAGGUGGGAUUCAUGCUGACUACGGAUCAGGAUAGUCUAAGCUCAUCUUCAUCCGACGAAGCUCAUUCCCGGGGCCGGAGUCAGACCUUGGAUCCAGACUUCGCUCGGCCCAAGGCAGAGAAGAUGCGACUGAAAAGUCACAGUGCUCGCGGCCGCACCACCAGUGAUACAGCCACUCUGCGACCCCUUCUGACGCAUCAGUCUCACAUGGGAGAGCUUCUCACCCUCGACGAGCCACUGCGAUUCGGGAAGGGUCGCCGACACGCCUCGCCCUCGUUCCUCUCCUACGACAGUGACGUGGAUAGGUUUCCGCGCAGCCCGCACGGACCUCGUCGCCGCCUCCGCGGUCCCUACGGCGAAAUGCUGGAGGGAAAGAUGAGUCGAGGUGAUACGAACCGUAUGGCUCGAGAUGACGACUCUCUCAAAUUCCUCUCGGCCUUGGUCGAGUCUGCCUCUCCUUCCCCCACGCCUGCCAAUUCCUCUCCUCGCGUAUCUCGCCAGGAGAGGAGCUCGGGUCCUCCCCGAACUCCCUCGGACGGUGAGCUGGUGCAGCUCGAGCCGAGUCACGUGCGCACCGUCUCGUCACCGUCUGAGCUGGCGCACUUCUCGGAGCUGCUGUCGGAGGGGUAUUACGACGGUGUCAGUCCGGCCGCUGAGGGCCUCAUCUCUCAGCUGACCGCCCAGGAGGUCGGGCAGCUGCGAGCCCAGCCCAGGAAACGGGGCCGGCGGUUGUUCGUGAUAGGGGAGCUGCUGGACACGGAGCGGUCCUACGUCGAGUCUCUCCGGCUGCUGAUGAGUUAUUCGCGCAAACUCCGGGAGCCUGAACCAGGAGCCCUCAUCGAGCCCAACACACUGCUGGACAUAUUCCACAUGAUUCCCGAAAUUCUGGAGAUCCACGAGGACUUUCUUCGCGAGUUGCUGCUGCGAGCGGACAACUGGAGCAGCCAGCAGGGGAUCGGAGAGGUCUUCCUCGACAAACUGACCCAGCCGUGCGUGCUGGACACAUACACGGCGUUUGUCAACAACUGGCCCACGGCCAGGGAGGCGCUCAGAAGGGCGUGUCAGCUCAAACCGGGACUGGCCAAAUAUUUGGAGAGUUUGGAGAGGUCCAAUAAGCGGAAGCUCAGUUUCACCCACCUGCUCAUCAUGCCAGUGCAGAGGAUACCGCGCUACGAACUGCUACUGAAGCAACUGGUGGCGCACACGCCUGCCGACCACCCGGACCUGGAGCCGCUGCGGUCGGCGCUCGCCGAGGUCCAUCUGCUGGCCACGCGCAUCAACAGCCUCGAGCAGGAGACCAUGCAGAACGAGGCGCUGCUACAGAUGCUGCGGGAGGUGGAGGCGGCCGUGGACGGCCUGGACGGCUUGGUCACUCCGGACAGGGUGCUCGUUCGGCAUGACCAGGUCACCAUGACGAGCGCGCUGGGUACCAAGAAGGACCGCUGUCUGUUCCUCUUCAACGACCUGCUGGUGAUCGCAAGUUCCAAACGGCGCACUGGCACGGCGCGAAAACCCUCCACGGCGCUGGAUGGCUCUGUUACUGGUCUGGAGGCCAACAAGUACAAAUUGCUCAUGAAAAUACCGCUGGCCGACCUCAACAUUGCCCGAUCAAAGGACGAGAACCUCAGCUCACUUCUGAAAGAGGUGGAGAAAAUUGAGGAGGAUAUCACUACACUGAGACAGAUCGGCAUCAUGGUCUGCAAACUGCACUGCAACCACUACCAGGUGGAGGAGCUGGUCAAGGAGAUGGCAAACGUGCUGAACAAGCAGCUGGCCGAGCGGCACCGGGCCGACAGUCAGCUGGUGAUGACGCAGCUCAAUGUCACCACGCCUGACGGCAUUGAAAACAUAUCGAUGAACUUCCCGGAAAUUGAGAAACGUACAGCGUGGGAACAAACCUUCAAUGAAACGAAACAGAAACUAGCUCUGUCGGCCGAGCGGCGUCCGGUACCCGAGUUCCUGUACCCGCUGCCCAUCCGGAAAACACGCGCCGGCCUGCAGUUUACCUGCGCCGCGGCCACCCCGAGUCUCAGCUCGCGGCAGUGCAGUGACGUCUGGGUCUGCAAUAGUGACGGUUACGUGGGUCAGAUCUGCGUGCUGAGUCUCCGACCGGAGCCGACAGUUACCUCCUGUAACGGAGUUUGUAACUCACGCAUCCUGUGCAUCGCUCCGGUUCCCGGUUUGACGCUCAGGAUAAACGGCUCGCCCGAGCCGACGCGCUGUGCUUCCACCCCUCCCACGGGUAGUGAGCCUCCGGCGGCCGCGCAGAGCGGGGACGAAAAGUCCGGCACCAUCGACCUCGACAGCUCGUCGGACUCCUCGGACUCUGACGAGUCCCGCGCGGACGACUGGCGGGACGACUCCUCAGCUACCGGCGGGGGCGGGGGCGGCGCAGCCGGCCAGGCCGACCAGCCGACCAUGUGGCUGGGCACGGAGGACGGCUGUAUCUAUGUCUACAACUGUGCCGACUACGUGCGCAUCAAGAAGACCAAGGUGAAGGUGCAGCUGGGUUCUGCGGCGCACGCCAUCGUCUACCUGGAGGGCCGCGUGUUCGUGGCGCUGGCUAAUGGGACAGUGUCGGCCUACAGCAGGGUGGAAGGCAGCUCCUGGGACAUGCAGAGUCCGGAGGUGAUCCAGGUCGCGUCUACCGCUGUGAACAGACUCGCAGUCGUCUCUGGUAAACUGUGGGCCUGCUCUCAGAACAGGAUACGGGUCAUUAAUCCCACCACCAGCGCUAUCGAGCAAACUGUGACUGUGAGCAGCGACAGCCAGGCCACGGUACAGGCUCUGGUGCCGUCUGGUCUGGGAGUGUGGCUCAGCUUUCACAACCUGGGCACGGUGCGACUGUUCCACACAAUCACAUUCGAGAUGAUCUGCGAGGUGGACGUCACGUCGGCUGUCACUCGCAUGUUGUCGGGCUGUGACGACAUAAUCCGUCAGCACAAGACAGCGUGUCUGCGCGUCACCUCACUGAUGGUGUGUAAGGACCUGCUGUGGAUCGGCACGUCUGCCGGCGUGAUCCUGAACCUGCCGCUGCCGCUGCUGACCACCACCACCAGCUGGCUGACCAACACGCUCAGCAUCGCAGGUAUUUCUCACGGUCACACGGGUCACGUCCGGUUCCUGGCCUCCGUCGAGUCCACCACAGAGGUCAUGGCACCCACCCGAUACCGACAUGCUCGUGGCAGCGCAAAGGUCAAGGACAAAGCACAGGUCAAGGCCUCGGUGGGUAAGGUUCUGGUGAUAUCCGGCGGCGACGGUUACGAGGAUUUCCGCUCGUCGGGGUCGGAGCUGUCUGGAAGGGACGACUCCACCAACCAUCUACUCCUGUGGCGAGUGUGAACGAGGAGUCAACCAGUUGCGUGCUGCUGAGAUGGCAGAUUUGUGCACUGUGUGGGCGGUAAAUCCACCGUGCAUGGGCUACCCAGGCGUGUGGAGGAAGGAAGAUUCAUUACCAAGGGCCUGCUUAACUCCUGAGACGCGUCUGAAGGACAAGUCGGCCAUUUACCUGUUGUUGAAGAAGAAGCAGGCUACAACUGCAACAACUGUAUUGAAUGGCUCUUGCAACACGGCUCGCACAAUCUCAUUUGAGCCUCCAUAAUCUACCACGUGUCAAGUAUUUAAUUGAAGAGCUUAUGAUGAUCUGUCAAGAACAGCGAGGUUUAUGAUGCUGUAUCGUUAUUCCUUUGCUGACUCUUUGUGUUAGGCAUGAGCUUGGAGUUGUCGGUUCAUGUCGAAUUGUUGAACAAUAACAUCAGUAAAGUUGGCACAGAAAGAGGCUUGCUGUUGGUAUGGGAUAGGCAGCUAGCUAUGCGCGGCAUGCGAAUAUUUAUUAUAGCUCAUACAUCGUAUCUGCCGAUCGCUGCUGAAAUACUAAUUGACUUUGAGGACGGCUGGUUUCUCGCUGUGUAGAUUGAAGGUUCCAUGUUAAUCAGAAUCUUCUUUUUAUUCUGGAAGUUGACUGAGGUUAGACUGUUGGUGCGGUGGUCUUUGAGUAGGUACUGCCGUGUGCCGCUCGGUAACCUAGGGUCUACUCGUGGCGCCCUCACUCGCCAGUAAACAAGUUUGUGACGCUUCUGGUCUUCUCGAGUUUCAACAAUGGCUCGUAUGUCUAUUUUGUAUCUGCACUUAUCGUUCAUCGAAGCAAUAUAUCGAGAGGCGGCAAAA